AUGAACUUAAAUGAACCAUCAUCUGAAUUGUUUUUCAUGUGUAUGUUUUUUUAUCAAACUUUUAAGGUUGAUUUUAUUAGAGGCAGGAUAGGUUUAGGACAUACUGGCAGCUUUUCCGAUCCCUUUCUUGACAAUGCUUCAAGGCAGAGAUGCAUUCCGCUACCAGCCCGAGUCAACUAUAUUGUGGCUCAAGGCCAGUCCAUUUGGGACGUUCCGACUUGGACAUACUGUGGAUGUCCCAUGGACCUCCUGAUUAGGUCCUUUUGGGACGUUCCGACUUGGACAUACUGUGGAUUUCCCACGGAUCUCCUUAUUAAGUCUAUUUCGGCCGUUCCGAGUUGGACAUCCUGUGGAUAUCCACCGAACAUCUGUUUGGGACAAUACCGAUUGGCAGUUCUCAAAUCGCCCAACCUGGCAACGUUGCGCUGCUUCCUCACCGCACAAAACAGAUGCCUUCUUUAUCAGAGACUCUGGAUGCUCCACCUUGUUCGCCAUUUUGUGAUUUUACCGGUGGACUUCUUAUAUAACACUGGAGGGGAGAAACCGUAUGAAGCAGUAAAAAGAUGCCUCACAAAAACUCUUUCAGAUAAUAUAGGAGUAACAUAUAACUUUGAAGGAAAGAGAAAUGAAAAAAAAAGUUUUCAAAAUUUAAAUAUUUGUCAGGCUGUUAUCACUGCAGUAAAGAAGCUGCUAAAUGUCACGGAAAAAGAAGUUGAAAUGGCGAUAAAAUCAUGGCUCAAACAUUGUAAAGGCCGAAUUCAAAAUAAAGUUCAAAGAAGUGCACCAUUUGGAAGUCCAUGGACAUCCUACGGAGGUCCAUGGGAAAUUGUAGGACAUCCCUGGGAGGUCCAAUUACAUCCAUAUAAGGUCAAUUGUGACCCUCAGUGGGACGGUCUCUGGACAUACAAAAGUGCACCAUUUGGAAGUCCAUGGACGUCCUAUGGAGGUCCAUGGGAUAUUGUAGGACAUCCCUGGGAGGUCCAGAGCAUCCAAGGAUGA